UAGUUAAACGGGAUCUAAAGUGGGUGCCAAAAAAGGACGCUUCAAGCGUUUUCAUAAUUACAAUUAUAUGUUUUAGAGACUCUAUAUUCUCUGUAGAACAAUUCGACUCAGACUUGAACAUCCUAAAUAUUGCAGUUUUGAGCAGGACCUGGUUAAAUGUGGACAAGGUUCCGGAUAAAGCAGUGGAAUCGUCCUUUAUGAAUAAUCGGAAGCUAUGAACCGGAAGCUAACUUCAGCGUUGUGCUGAAUGGGAGGAGAGAGAUUCAGUCUAAGACAAACAUGAACAAGCUGAAGUCCUCUCAGAAGGAUAAAGUUCGACAGUUUGUGAUCUUCACACAAUCCAAUGAGAAGACUGCAGUGACUUGUCUGUCUCAAAAUGACUGGAAAUUAGACGUUGCCACAGACAAGUUUUUUCAAAACCCAGAGCUCUAUGUUUCAAAUCUUAAGGGGGCUUUAGACAAGAAGAAACUCGAACAGCUGUACAACAGAUACAGAGAUCCUCAUGAUGAUAACAAAAUAGGCAUUGAUGGGAUCCAGCAGUUCUGUGAUGACCUGGGUCUGGACCCUGCCAGUAUAAGUGUCCUUCUCAUAGCCUGGAAGUUCAGGGCAGCAACGCAGUGCGAGUUCUCGAAACAGGAGUUCAUAGAUGGCAUGAUGGACCAGGGGUGUGACAGCAUCGAGAAGCUCAAAGCUCAGCUGCCAAAGAUGGAGCAGGAGUUAAAGGACCAUGGGAAAUUUAAAGACUUUUACCAGUUUACAUUUAACUUUGCCAAGAAUCCCGGCCAGAAAGGUUUGGAUCUGGAUAUGGCAAUUGCAUAUUGGAAUUUAGUUCUGGCAGGAAGAUUUAAAUUCCUGAACUUGUGGAACAAAUUUUUAGUAGAACACCACAAAAGAUCUAUUCCCAAGGACACUUGGAAUCUCUUACUAGACUUCAGCACGAUGAUCACAGAUGACAUGUCAAAUUAUGACGAGGAAGGAGCGUGGCCUGUCCUCAUCGAUGACUUUGUAGAGUUUGCACGGCCGCAUGUCGGGACCAAAAGCACAGCAGUUUAAGGGCUGAUUUUACACAAAAAACAUCCUUGUGAGGUUUCUACACAAACAGUGAAUGGAGGACAAGUGAACCACACUGAGCUGAGAACUAUGUUGCCUUUUCAACACUCAGGACUGAAAUAUUUUACUCAUCAGAGACUUUAUAAAAAUGUGUCUGUAUGUAAACAGAUGAAAGGCAUAUCUCCUUGCUGGGCAACUUGCGAUGGUUUCAUCUAAACUUUGGUUUAAAGCUUCUGUGUGCACUCAGGCCAACUGCAGAGGAGUCGCAACCUCGGCUCAUGUCACGCGUGGAUGUUUGUCUUCAAAGUGAGGUCAAUAAAACGCCUGAAUCGUAAUGUAAA